CUGAUAUGCGCUUUUAUAACUUGUAGUUUUGAGUUACAGAAUCUUUAAAGUGUGAAACAAAUGUCUUUACUUCUUGAGGUGCUGUUUCUAAUUGGUCCAGGGACUAAUAAGGAAAUCAUAGAUAUAAGAAAGCUUGUGUUUGGACUUAUCAACGAGGAUAUCAUUGCUUAUUUGAAAAAGAGUUUCCCACACCAGUUUGUGAAGUCCUGUUCUUCACCAAGUGAAUCAAUAGUACCAGCAACGCUUUCUGUGCUUGAGAGGAUCAUGAGAGACCAAAAUAUUGAGAAAGUGUAUUGUGUUUGGUGUCCUAAUUUACCAAAUCCUGGUGAGGAGUUAAGGAUAUCAUUGUGUGAUCUUCUGAGUUACAAACCAAGCUAUGCGAGUGUUAUCAACAAGUCUGCUUGUGUCUUCCGGUCCUUCCAAGGAGACGAGGAAUAACCUCGUUAUUAGCUGGUCAUUAUUCAGCAGUUAUUCGAUAUGAAAUGGUGCAAGAAAUCAUUAUCAAGAACCUCAGUCAUCAAAUCAACGAGGAGAAGACACAUUACAAGCGCCCUUGCUUUGGUAUCCGAUAUGAAUAUUAAACCAAUUCAUAUUAAGCCUUCGAGUCUUGGUGCAUCCGAUAACGAUACAGAGGAAGAGACUGGCACAGAAAGCCGUUCAACAAUCGGUUUGAAGAUCAGUGCUAAAGCCAGGAUGACUCUGCACCCUUUGCUGUUAGACUAUAUUGAUGAAGGUGAGCCAAGAUCAUCAUGGCUUUCUGAUUCUGUUGACUCAGAUGACCAUGCAUUUGAUCCUUCGAAAAGUUCAGCACUAAUCAAUUUGAGCAAUGUUAUUGUGGGAAAGGUUGAAUUACUGUUUCAUGGCGAGUCUAAACCAACGGAUCCAAAGAGUGACUUCAUUCAAAUUCAGAUGUCUAACUUCAAUCAAUUUGAGUUCCUGGCCCACAAUGAAUUAUGACUAGCUAAGAUAUCGCUUCUUGCAGUUUAUAUAGUUUACAAGUCUAAUGCGCUGAUCACUC